CUGAAGAAAACUAAAGAUGAGUAGAAUAGAAAGCAGUUCUGAUAAUGGAAGUGGUUGGCAUGAGUGUACCAAAUGGUUGACCCGAUGUGGAGCUUUAAGGGCAGAUCACAAGGCAAAUUGGCCAGAAGCAGUUGCACGUGAUUUAGCUUAUACAUUGAGAGAUGGUGUGCUAUUAUGCAAUCUCCUAAAUACAGUGGAUCCUGGGUGCAUAGAUAUGAAAGAUGUGAAUCAAAAACCACAAAUGGCACAGUUUCUGUGUUUAAGAAAUAUAAAAGUAUUUUUGUCAGCAUGCUCAACCAUUUUUGGCCUAUCCAAUUCCGACCUUUUUGAACCCUCCGUGUUGUUUGAUCUAUCAGAUUUUCAUCGAGUACUAUGUACUUUAUCUGCUUUGUCUAAUUGUUCCCGUCUAAGGCGUAAGGGUAUACCUGGCUUUUCUAUAGGACACGGUAGAUCGCAAAAAGACAUUUAUAAAGAUUUACAAAGUGCUGGUGCAGGCCGCAAGGAUGAAGGUCGCCGCAGAAGGUUUAGAAGGCGAGAAGGGGAUGAGGCAGGUGGAGGAGGGGCCAAUGAAGAUCCAGUCGGAGAGGAAGAUGGGUACGGAGCAUUUUGCAGCCAUGCUCAAAGCGAAGAAAUCUACCAGGACCUUUGUAGUCUGCACUUGCCACCUCCUCCAUCUGUUGCGCAGGACGGUGCAAUCUCGGGAGGCGAAAAACGAGAUUACGUAAUUCAAGAACUCGUGGAAACCGAACGGAAUUACUCAGACGUCCUUAAUAGCUUGCUCAGGAACUUUGCUAGACCACUCUCAUCCUUACUAAGGCCUGAAGAUUCAGCACGGAUAUUUUUUGGCAUAAAAGAGCUCGCAGAAAUUCACGCCGGUUUCCAUAGUCAGCUUCGAAAAGCACGAACCGGUGCCGCUUUAGCGCAGGUUUUUCUUGAUUGGCGAGAAAAGUUCCUUAUAUAUGGUGAUUAUUGUGCAAAUCUUACACUUGCGCAAAACACACUGCAAGAAGCUUGCGCGCGAAAUGAAUUAGUUAAUCAAGAAGUUAUUAGGUGUCAACAAGACGCUAAUAAUGGCAAGUUCAAGCUACGGGACAUACUCUCGGUUCCUAUGCAAAGAGUAUUGAAGUAUCAUUUGUUAUUGGAUAAACUAGUAGAAGAGACUCCUUGCGAAUGGUUAGAAGAUAGACGUCAACUUGGAAAAGCUAGAGAAGUUAUGGUUGAUAUAGCUCAAUACAUUAAUGAGGUAAAACGUGACUCGGACACGUUAGACAUUAUAAAGGAUAUACAGGCAUCGAUAAUUGAUUGGGACGUUCCGGAAGAUGCACAAUUAAAAGACUUUGGGCGACUACUUACAGAUGGAGAACUUAAGGUAAAAGCUCACGGUGACCAUCGAGUAAAAGUUCGUUACGCAUUUGUGUUUGAACAAGUAGUAUUAAUUUGUAAAGCGGGUAAAGGAGAACAAUAUUAUUACCGUGAAACUUUGCGCCUAGAUGAUUAUAGAUUGGAAGAUCAUACAGGAAGACGAACACUUGGCAGAGAUACUCGAAGGUCCUAUCAAUGGUUGCUUGUCCAUAAACAAGAAUAUACAGCAUAUACAUUGUUUGCAAGAACGGAAGAACAGAAACAGAUGUGGAUGAAAGCAUUGCAGGAUGCGAUGGAUAAUGUUAAUCCUGCUGCUUGUCGCAACACCAACCAUAAGUUUAAACUUACAACUUUUGAUAGUCCGCUUAGUUGUCAACGAUGCGGCAAGUUCCUGAAAGGUCGCAUAUUUCAGGGAUAUCGAUGUGAAAUCUGUCGCCUUUCUGUACACAAACAAUGUAUUGCACACUCGGGCCGGUGUAUACCAGUACCGCUACCGCCUCCGCCACCACCACCCCUACCAUGCGAACGAGCUCUUUCAGUGAAAUUGUGGUUUGUAGGUGAAAUGGGACGAGAUACAGCUUCCAAUAAAUUAGAAUCCCGAGAAAAUGGUACAUACAUGCUGCGAGUACGACCUGCAGGACAACCGCGUUUAAAGCAUGAAACUAAUUACGCUCUUAGUAUCAAGGCCGAUGGAGCGGUGAAACAUAUAAGAGUAUUUAAACGCGACGUUGAUGGAGCUGAUCUAUACUAUCUCAGUGAAUCUCGCUUCUUUAAAAGUGUGGUCGAACUUGUUGAAUAUUACGAACGAGAAUCGUUGUCGGAAAAUUUUGAAAAAUUAGAUCAACGCUUGUUGUGGCCAUAUAGACGUGUAUUGGCCAAGGCAUUAUUCGAUUUUCGUGGAGGAGAACGUAAUCAACUGAGUUUACAACGAGGCUGUAGAGUUGUAGUCCUGAGUAAAGAAGGUGAUACCAAAGGAUGGUGGAAAGGAAAAAUAGGAGAUCAAGUAGGAUUUUUUCCAAAGAAAUACGUUGAAGAAGAAUAAAUAUAGAUUAUAUUACUUAGGUACUUUCUCAAUGUGGUAGCACGACGAGUAAAAAUAUUUUACACAUUAAUUACGUCAUCGUGCAAUCAUAACACUUUAUUAAAAUGCCCCUCAGUGGAGAACAAAAAAGGAUAAACUAUGACACAUUUUUACAUUGUAUAAAAUAUAGAGAAAUUCAUUUACAUGCAUCAGUAUCAUUAGAAAAAUACAGUUUAUUUGAUUGUUCUCUUUACUUGAGGUUGUGCUAUAUCACAAUUACAUAAAUAGAAAGUACAUAUGCGUGUAUGUGAACCGAACGUAUAAAAACAAAUAUAUCUAGCAACUUGUAUAGACAAAAAAUUAAUUAUUUUUCGGUAUGAUA